AACUCUUUAACUGUACUCGACUGUUUCGUGGAGGUGGAGAAGUUGAAGCGGGAGCCGAUUAAAUGUUCUCGAUGCCAGCAAUACGGUCACAUGGCUGCUGUAUGCCGUUCUGAGGUCGACGUUUGCGGAACGUGUGGCGGAGCGCACCGCUCCCAUACCUGUUCUUCGUAUAAGACCUUCCUCUGUGUUUCUUGUGGUACGAGCUCUCACACGAGCUCAAGCAGGGAGUGCCCUACUUUCCUCCAGCUCUGUGAUGAAUAUGAUGCACGCAACCCCGAUAACGCCAUGCCAUUCUUU